AUGGAGUUACCCGUUCUGCUUCUCACUAACGGUGUACUGCUACCGAAUGCCAAAUUGAAAGUGCCCAUAAAGAGUCGGACGAAUCUGGCAACAUUGGAUCGUUUCGUAGUGAACAAAGGUGUUCUGGGAAAAUCACUGAUGUUAGUCGCAUAUCGGAUAGAGAAGGAGAAGAAAGUCUUCGAGACGGGUACGGUGGCGUUGGUUGAGCAGGUGGUAUGCUGGAGUUACAAUAACUUUGUACAGUACACAAUUCACCUGGUAGGAGUGUCCAGGGCUAAAAUUGAAAAGUUUGCCAUUCCAGUCAGCACCGUUCAACAGCUCUACGCCAUCGAGGGUAUGUAG